AUGGCAGUGAGCGAUGCCGCGACGGAAAUUGAGAAAAUGAAGAUUUUGGAACAACGUAUAAAGGCCCCAUCGAUUUGGGGUCGUGUUCCAUGGGGCUUACGAUUCGAGGACCUCCAAGACACGCGUUAUGAAGACGCAGUUAAGUUGCUGAAGAAACAUUAUUUGAAUGAAGAGAUAACCUACAGGUCAGUUAAAAUUUUACAAGAUAAAGAAGGUACCGAUGAAUUUGUUCACAACGUUCGUAUCUGGAUGAAGGAUAAAAUGUCUAUUGCAGCGGUCAAAGAAGGGACAGACAAAUUAGUUGGCGUCCUUAUUAUGAGAAUACAGGAAAAGAGUAAGUCAAGGCGCAUUCUCUCGCACAUUCAGCCGAGUAAAAAUCACACACAACCCGCUUUACUCAAAGGUCUCUCCAGGGACAUGUUGAAAGCUGCUGUAGCUCUAGCGUAUAGUGCUAAUGUACCAGCAAUUGCUGGUAUCUUUACCACCUCGCGUGGACAAGCUGUCGCUGAAGAAAUAGGCUUUGUCAAGUUUAAUGAGAUUUAUUACGUUCGAUACUUAAUCGAUGAUCAGAUCGCAUUCUUCGACACGGGGCUUGGGAACUACGGGGCAGCAAUUAUGGCGUAUCGUAUACCCGACGUUUAUGAACCUCCAGAAGUACAAUCGCAACGCUCUUCAAGGUUCAAUUUGCAACCGAUGCAAAAUGAAGACGAUGAC